UCCGCCAGGCCGGGCCCGGAGCCGCCGCCGCCGCCAUGGGCGGGCACCUGAGCCGGCGCUACCUGUGGGACGCCGAGGCCGAGCCCGACCCGCUGCACAUGCCGUCCUUCCCCGCCGAGCUGGGCAUGCCGGCCCGCCGGCCGCGCGUGAUGGUGGCCUCGGCGUCGCAGCUCUCGGAUGCCCGCGUGCCCCUGGAGCAGAGGGAUUUCUGCGGGCACCACCUGGUGCGGCUGCUGCGGUGCCAGCGGGACAACUUCCCUGUGCCCUGGGGGUGCCACGCGCUGCGCCACGCCUGGGACAGCUGCCAGCACGAGGACUAUGUGAUGCGCAUGAAGGAGUUUGAGCGCGAGCGGCGCCUGCGGCUGCGGCAGCAACGGCUGAGGAAGCGACACGGGGACAGCGAGGACAGCGAGUGACAAACGGGGACAGCGAGUGACAAACAGUGACACCAUGGGGGCAGCGGGGACAGCGAGUGACAAACGGGGACAGCGGGGACACCAAGUGACACUGCGGGGACACCACGGGCACAGCGAGUGACAAACGGGGACAGCGGGGACAGCAAGUGACAAACGGGGACAGCAGGACAGCGAGUGACACCAUGGGGGCAGCGGGGACAGUGAGUGACACUGCGGGGACACCACGGGGACAGUGAGUGACACUACGGGGACACUGCGGGGACACCAGGGACAGUGAGUGACAAACAGUGACACCACGGGGACAGCGGGGACAGCGAGUGACAAACAGGGACAGUGGGACAGCGGGGACAGCGAGUGACAUUGGGGGCAGCGAGGGACACACGGCACAGUGGAGACGAGUGACAACGAGCGACAGCGAGGACUCCAAGUAACACCUGAGUGACCCUGGGGACACUCAGUGACACCCAAGUGACACCGGGGACAGCGAGUGACACUGAGUGACACCUGAGUGACACCCAAGUGACAUCUGGGACACCGAGUGACACCUGAGUGACACUGGGGACACCACGGUGACACCAAGUGACGCAACACCGAGUGACGUCUGGGACACUGAGUGGCACCCGAGUGACACCCAGGGACAUCAAGUGACAUCUGGGACACCGCGGUGACAGCAAGUGACACUGGCAACACCUGAGUGACACCAAGUGACACCCGAGGAACCAAGUGACACCCUGGUGACGGUGACACGAGGCCACCUCACACAGCAGGGCUGUCAAAUGACACCGAGUGACACAGAGUGACAACUGAGUGACACCCGAGGAACCGAGUGACACCCGAUGACGCCGAGUGACACCGAGUGACAGUGACACCAGGGACACCGUGGUGAGACCAAGUGACAUGUGGGAUUCCGAGUGACACCCGAGGACCCGAGUGACACCUGGUGACACUGAGUGACACCAAGUGACACCUGAGUGACACUGGAAACAUCACCGAGUGACACAGGAUGACACCCCAGUGAUGGUGACACGAGGCCACCCCCCAAUAAAGCUGUCAGGUGA